AACUGAACUAACAUAUAUCGUGCCACGUAACAUCAAAAGGAUCGCUCCCAUUCUACAAAUCGCUGGCAACGAGCAGAUACAAGAUUUCAGCAAACGUAAAUUCGUCAGACUGGGCAGGAAUAUUCAGUGACACUGCACACGGCACACAAAACCCAGAAGUGUGCCUUUACGAACAGCGUGCAUUGUGUUCAGAGCAUUACAGAGUCUACGUUCGAAACAUGCUCUCACCUCUUUCAACAUGCACCAGAACACCUCUCUACGAUUGUAGAACUACAAACGUUAAGUCAUAAAGCUACAUUAGAAGUCGCAGAGCAAGAGAAGUGUUUCCAUUUGCCAACAUCGCCGCACGAAAGAUCAAACACUGCUGUCAAUCGACAAAAUGAAUAUGUGGACAUUUCUGUGGCUCAUGUACGGUGUCCUGCAGGCUGUGUUUGGGCUCCCUCCAACUUACCAGCCCAAGCAGCUCACGGAGGUCCAGCUGCACACAGCAUCCUGCGUGCGCACACUAGCUCUGAGGCACUUUCCUACAGGACGGCCUGUCUCCGUCUCAACACCAAGCAACUAUCUUCAAGCCACAAACGCCACGCCGAGCGAGGACAACCAACGUAUGGUCAAUUUUUUACUCGGGGCACUCAACGAUAUGACGCGAUGGCCUAUUCUCGUCUUCACAUCAGAUAUACUAGCGGAUGAAACCUUAGAAGAGGUCGUUAUACCUCACAGCUACAUUAUAUUCCUCUGGCCGCAACAAGACGAAAGCAUCUAUGACGUAAUUAGAGCUCAGAUGCAAAAUCAGCAAGAAAACCCUUCGUGGAAUCCUCGGGCCACAUUCCUUGUCUUAGUAAUCGGUCAUGACAGUGAGCCUCAUAUGUCAGUGGCUAGACAUAUUUGUGAGAUUCUAUGGGAGGUCAGCAAGAUAUGUAACGUCGUAGUCCUGAUUCCUAGUUCCCACGAACCUUCGACAAUGAACUUUACAUCACGCAUGCAAAUGGAAGGAAUUAAAACGUUCAAUCUGUAUACUUUCUUUCCGUAUACAGCGGAGAAUUGUGGGAAAGUGACUGACGUCAUUAUCAUAGACGAAUGGCUCCUACAAAAGAACGGAAGAUUUGAUCGUGAUGCUGAUCCGUUUCCUCCUAAAAUUCCAGACGAUUUUAUGGGUUGCCGUGUUAGGGUGUCGACGAUAGGAUUCGAACCAUUUGUGAUUCUUACGCACAACCAUACACAGGAGGAUGGUAGCGUCGUGUACAAUGUAAGAGGUUUAUUGGUUGAGGCCUUUCUAAUUUCAAUUAGGAAAAUGAACCUCACUGGCGUAUUUCUUCGCCCAGAAAUGGAACAUUCACCAAAGUCAUUCGUGAGAGGUUUCGCUAAUCAGAUGGAUGGUUUGUCUGAUAUUCUUAUCGGCCUCGUUCCGAUAUUACCCAUUGCAAUCAUUCCGGGGUUCGUGCAUACGAUUCCACAGUAUUCCGCCUCGUUUUCACUGUUCCUUCCGUGUCCUUCUCGAGUCCACAGAAUGAGUAAUCUGUUCUCAAUUUUCACGCUCCCCGUCUGGCUAACCUUAGCACUUGCGUUCGUACUGACGAGUGCAACAUUUUGGUGUUUAGAAAAGAAGUCACACCGUUCUGAGUCAAGGGAACCGCGCACUGUCACUUCCAUUUCCCUAUCCGUUUAUAACGCAUGGGCCAUUUUAAUGGCCGUCUCAGUCCCCAAAAUGCCCAAAACAUGGUACCACAGAUGUUUAUUUCUGAUCUACGUAUGUUUUUCUUUUGCCAUGGUCACUGUGUUUCAAACUUUCUUCGUCUCGUAUCUUGUAGAGCCGGGAUAUGGGAAGGCCAUCACAACAGUACAGGAAGUUGUAAAUUCGGAAUUGGUUUAUGCGUACCACCCAGUAGUAGAGCAUUUUCUGACUCUUCUGGAAUAUGACGAUUAUCAUGUAGCUGUUCCAGACUCACGCAGGGUAUUAUGCAUUGACUUUGUCGAGUGCACGAAAAGGCUGAUCACUGAACGUGACGUAGCCCUUAUAAAUGCUGACACUUAUGUGCGGUAUAUUGCCAGUCUGAUCGGGGUUGUAGAUUACAGCAGAGUGCUGUGCCAUCUUGGAGACUCGUCCAUCUCUUUACAGUCCGCUGGUCUCUUGCAUAAAGGAAGUCCGUUCAGGGAUGGAUUCAACAAAUUCGUGAGACGAUGUCUGGAAGGCGGUCUCGUGGGAAGAUAUAGGGCUCAUGUAUAUUUCAAGGCUCACUUUCAGAACAUUGGUAGGAAUGACAAUAGCCAAGAAGUCAGUGACACAUUUUUUGUGUAUCAGAUUCACCAUUUAAGCGCUGCAUUCAUGAUAUUGAUACUGGGACAUGUUUUCAGUUGCACUGUGUUGAUUUAUGAAGCUAUUCACAAAAGGUUUUCUACACAUCAACCGUAACAUUUAGUUUUACAUACAGAGGAAUUGAAGUCAUAAUGACUUAUCGCUGUUUUAAGUUUUCGUAAACACACCAUAGAUAA